AAGUGUUGAAGGGUGUUGUGGGUGGGGCUUUGGUAUUCUGGGGUAGGAUCUGAAGAAUAGGGGACGUGAGGGUAGAGGUAGUGAUUGAGGAAAUGGGGUUCAUCGUACCAACAAACCUCACUGGGUUUUUGUGGUAGUGAAAGAUAACCUGUAAUCGAUGCUAGGCACUGAGCCCUGAAGAAGGGUUCACUGUUACUGUUAUUCUUAACAAUUCGUAGGUCCCACACCAAGACCAAAACUGCUAACUUCCCCAACCUGUGUCCCCCAAAUCAGCCCUUCCCAAAGGACAGACCCAAGGUCCUACCUCUUCUCACAGUUUCCACUGCUUGCUUGGACCAAUGCAUUCCCCUCACCCUGCCUCGCAGGUGCAUCCUCCAGACAGCAGAGGGGUCCUGUCAAAACACAAAUAAGUCACAGCCCUCCUGGGACUCUUACUCUUUUGUCACCAAGGGUGGAAGCCCAUAGGACCCUGCAGGACCUGCCCUUACCCCACCCUUACCCCAAUCACUGGGCCACUCCUUAAACACCCCAGGCUAGACCCACGCACUGUGCCUUUGCACUGGCUGUCCCCUCCACCUGCAGUGCUCUUCCCCAGACAUCUGCAUGCCUCAGCGCAUUCUCUUGCACCUUUGCUCAAAUGUCUUCUCCCCAGUGAGGCUUCUAUGGCUCUCUGUUUAAAAUGCAGCCGCCCCCCCCCCCCACACACACACAUAGGGCAGGGAUUGGGUGCUUUUCAUUUCUCUUGGCGACCCAGCAUCCAUCAUGGCAUUCAGCACCCUGCAGGCACUUGGUGAAGGUGGGCACAAUGGAUCUGGCUUAUGUCUGCGAGUGGGAGAAGUGGCCCAAGAGUACCCACUGUCCAUCAGUACCCCUGGCCUGCGCCUGGUCCUGCCGCAACCUCAUAGCUUUCACCACGGACCUCCGGAAUGAUGACCAGGACCUGACCCGCCUGAUCCACAUCCUGGACACGGAGCACCCCUGGGACGUGCACUCCAUCAGCUCAGAGCACAGUGAGGCCAUCACCUGCCUCGAGUGGGACCAGUCAGGCUCUCGGCUCCUGUCAGCUGAUGCCAAUGGGCAGAUCAAGUGCUGGAGCAUGGCGGACCACCUGGCCAACAGCUGGGAGAGCCCUGUGGGAAGCCUGGUGGAGGGGGACCCCAUUGUGGCCCUGUCGUGGCUGCACAACGGUGUGAAGUUGGCACUGCAUGUGGAAAAGUCAGGCGCUUCCAGCUUCGGGGAGAAGUUCUCCCGUGUCAAGUUCUCACCAUCCCUCACGCUGUUUGGGGGCAAGCCCAUGGAGGGCUGGAUCGCAGUGACUGUCAGUGGCCUGGUCACCGUGUCCCUACUCAAGCCCAGUGGGCAGGUGCUGACAUCGACGGAGAGCCUAUGCCGACUGCGUGGCCGUGUUGCCCUGGCGGACAUCGCCUUCACAGGUGGUGGCAACAUCGUGGUGGCCACAGCGGAUGGCAGCAGCGCCUCUCCCGUGCAGUUCUACAAGGUGUGUGUGAGUGUGGUCAGCGAGAAGUGUCGCAUCGACACCGAGAUCCUGCCCUCGCUCUUCAUGCGCUGCACCACCGACCUCAACCGCAAGGACAAGUUUCCUGCCAUCACCCACCUCAAAUUCCUGGCCCGUGACAUGUCCGAGCAGGUGCUGUUGUGCGCGUCCAACCAGACAAGCAGCAUCGUGGAGUGCUGGUCCCUGCGGAAGGAAGGGCUUCCCGUGAACAACAUCUUCCAGCAGAUCUCUCCUGUGGUUGGUGAUAAGCAGCCCAUGAUUCUCAAGUGGCGGAUCUUGUCAGCUACCAAUGACCUGGACCGAGUUUCUGCUGUGGCACUACCCAAGCUGCCUAUCUCACUCACCAACACUGACCUGAAGGUGGCCAGCGACACACAGUUCUAUCCCGGCCUCGGGCUGGCCUUGGCCUUCCACGACGGCAGCGUCCACAUUGUGCACCGGCUGUCGCUGCAGACCAUGGCCAUAUUCUACAGCUCCACAGCUCCACGCUCCAUGGACGAGCCUGCCAUCAAGCGCCCCCGGACCACAGGCCCUGCCAUUCACUUCAAGGCCAUGCAGCUGUCUUGGACCUCCUUGGCCCUUGUGGGCAUCGACAACCACGGGAAGCUGAGCAUGCUGCGCAUCUCGCCCUCCAUGGGCCACACACUGGAUGUGAACCUGGCCCUGCGGCACUUGCUUUUCCUGCUGGAGUACUGCAUGGUGACGGGCUACGACUGGUGGGACAUCCUGCUUCACGUGCAGCCCACGAUGGUGCAGAGCCUGGUGGAGCGGCUGCACGAGGAGUACACACGCCAGAAAGCUGCCCUGCAGCAGGUCCUCUCCACCCGGAUCCUGGCCAUGAAGGCCUCGCUCUGCAAGCUGUCACCGUGCACUGUGACCCUUGUGUGUGACUACCAUGCCAAGCUCUUUCUCAUCGCCAUCAGCUCCACACUCAAGUCCCUGCUGCGCCCACAUAUCCUCAAUACGCCUGAUAAGAGUCCCGGCGACCGGCUGACCGAGAUCUGUGCCAAGAUCACAGACGUUGAUAUUGACAAGGUCAUGAUCAACCUCAAGACAGAGGAGUUUGUCCUGGACAUGAACACACUCCAGGCUCUGCAACAGCUCCUACAGUGGGUGGGCGACUUUGUGCUCUACCUGCUGGCCAGCCUGCCUAACCAGGGCGCCCCGCUGCGGCCUGGACACAGCUUCCUACGGGAUGGUACCUCGCUUGGUAUGCUGCGGGAACUGAUGGUCGUCAUCCGCAUCUGGGGCCUGCUGAAGCCCAGCUGUCUGCCUGUGUACACGGCCACCUCUGACACCCAGGACAGCAUGUCCCUGCUCUUCCGUCUGCUUACUAAGCUCUGGAUCUGCUGCCGUGACGAGGGCCCCACCAGCGAACCAGAUGAGGCACUCGUCGACGAGUGCUGCCUGCUGCCCAGCCAGCUGCUCAUCCCCAGCUUGGACUGGCUGCCUGUCAGCGAUGGCCUAGUCAGCCGCCUGCAGCCCAAGCAGCCCCUGCGUCUGUACUUCGGCAAGGCCCCCACUCUGCCUGGCAGUGCCACCACCUUGCAGCUGGAUGGCCUUAUCAGGGCAACUGGCCAGCCCAAGAUCGACCAUCUGCGGCGGCUGCACCUGGGAGCCUUCCCCACGGAGGAGUGCAAGUCCUGUACGAGGUGUGGCUGUGUCACCAUGCUCAAGUCACCCAAUAAGACAACAGCUGUCAAACAGUGGGAACAGCGCUGGAUCAAGAACUGCCUGUGUGGGGGGCUCUGGCGGCGGAUGCCCCUCAGCUGCCCCUGAUUGGGGUCCUCAGGCCCUGCAAAUAGAUUCCUGAUGGAUGUUAUGGAAAGGUGAUGCUGUCCUUUCCCGGUGACAGUAUUCUACAUACUCAGGACUUUAUUGGCUGUGUUAGAAAAGUCAUUCUUGAACUGUGACUUUAGGGGCCUUGCCAGCCAAGACUGGCAUCCCUGUGAGGACAGGUUAGGACUUGGCCUAAAGCCUCAGGUUGGUGCCCCUCGCCUGGGGGCACCACUUUUUCUCUCUCAAGAGGCUGGUGGUGCCUCCCAGGUGGCGGGGCUCCGUUUCACAGCUGCACCUCUACCCGUGCUGGGUGCUGGCUGAAGCAGACCCAGGCCUGCCCACAGGUCUCACGGCUCUGGGCCGACAUCCCUGGACUUCCAGAGCCCCAAGCUGCCCCCGUCUCCGGAUGCCUCUGGUCUCGCAGUUCAAAGAUUUCAGGACAGUCUGGCUGUUGGUCUUUUAAAAUAUCCCACGUGAACCUGUUGGGUGUCCAGCAGUUGCUGCCAGUGACACUGGCCAGGUAUCCUCUUCGGUUUCUUCACCUGUACCUACUGAUGCUGUACCUGCUCAUCCAGGUGGCUCUGACCUUGGCAGCCCAAUAAACAUUCAGCUAUG